AGCCUCCAUCAUUUGCAGGGAGGGAAAAAAAACACGCACACACACAUCCUCCUACAUAUACACACACUCACACUGUGCUGCGAGCUAGCGAGGGGCUUUAAACUGCUUCACUCUAAACAGAGAAAAAGGGACUGUAACGUGCCACAAUGGAGGAAAACAUGGAUGAAUCACAGAGCCAGAAAGGCUGUAAGGAGUGCUGUGAACGAUGUGUGGGAAGCCUGCCCUGGGCCUCUCUCAUCGCCACCAUCCUCCUCUACAUGGGCGUGGCCUUGUUUUGUGGGUGUGGCCACGAGGCUCUGAGUGGCACCGUCACCAUCCUCCAGAACUACUUUGAGGUCAUCAGAGCCCCUGGAGAGACACUGGAUGUGUUCACCAUUAUUGACAUCCUGAAGUACAUCAUCUAUGGACUUGCAGCUGGGUUCUUUGUGUUUGGAGUGCUGCUGCUGGUGGAGGGCUUCUUCACCACCGGAGCCAUCAGGGAUCUCUAUGGAGAGUUCAAGAUCACCGCCUGCGGACGCUGCCUGACUGCAUUCCUGAUGUUCCUGGCCUACCUGUUCUUCCUGGUGUGGCUCGGAGUCACAGCGUUCACCAGCCUGCCCGUCUUCAUGUACUUCAACGUCUGGUCCAUGUGUCAGAACACCAGCCUGGUGGAGGGAGCCAACCUCUGCCUGGACCUGCGUCAGUUUGGAGCUGUGACUAUCUCUGAGGAGAGGAAGGUGUGCACAGGAUCUGAGAAGUUCUUCAAGAUGUGUGAAUCCAACGAGCUGGACUUGACCUUCCACCUGUUUGUGUGCGCUCUGGCAGGAGCAGGAGCUGCUGUCAUCGCCAUGGUCCACUUCUUGAUGGCUCUGGCUGCUAACUGGGGCUACCUGAAGGAUGCCAGCAGGAUGCAGAAGUAUGAAGACAUCAAGUCAAAGGAGGAGCAGGAGCUGCACGACAUCCACUCUACACGUUCCAAAGAACGCCUAAAUGCCUACACAUAAACACACACCUGCAGGAAACGACACAAACACACACACACACGUACACACACACACACACACACACACACUUAAACCUGUCAGACACACAACAUAUGAUACAUGCAGACACACUCACACACAUGAAGCCUGACAUAACAACAAACAAGAAGCGUACAGAAUACAAACGAAUGAAAAAAAAACAACACUAAAAACAUUCAAAGCAAAAUAAACACACGAAGAGGGAGAAAUAAAGAAGAAGAAAAAAUGAUGAAAACAUGGACACCAUCAUCAUCCUCAUUUCUGCAGUGGUUUAUUAGCUCAGAUGGGCGAUGCUAACAAUUUAGCAUCCCAUAUGUUUGCUUGCUUCAUUUUUAUUAACCAUGACUUUGUCCUUUUGAUCAAGAAAAAAAAAAUAGCUUUACUUGAAACAAAAGGAAAGAGUUAAAAUCUUAAAUCUCCUUUUACCCACAAUGCCCUAAAAUAUCUAGAACUGGUCAAUAAUUUCCAGAAGGAAACCAUAAAUAAACAUGAAAAUGUUAACAUAUAAAAUAGCACAAGACAUUUACAAAAUUAUACCAAAAAGGACAAAUAAUGAGCAGAGGAACCCAAAGACAUUUUACAAUAACAUGUGUUUGCCCUUCUAAUUUGCAUCCCUAUGAUUUUACUGGCUGUGUUGUAUUCCUUUUUUUUGUUUUAAAGAUAAAGCACACAUCUCCGCCCUUUUUGACAGCUUUUCAGCUUUAACAUGUUAGCACGGCAUGCCAAAAAAUCUACAGCAGACAUUUGAAUGAGUUUGGUGUCUAUGAGCUCAUCAUUUAACGAGGGGGACAAUAUCACGGUAUACCCCCCCCCCCCCCCCCCCUGCAGUACACGCAUCACACACACACGCACAAACACUCACACACACACACACACACGCACACUCUCACACUUACACAUAGAUGUGGCUGAAUGGUCGGUGUUGUUCAGGCAGUGUUGUAUGGUGGUGUCAUGCUGUGUCGUGUCGUUUCGCCACAUUAUGAUGACUGGUACUGCAGAGAAAAACGGUCCCUGAGGAUUAUGUACCUCCCGGGUGCAAAUGGUUUUCUCCCCCCUCCCUCUCUCUUCCCCCUCCUAUGUCCUAAAACCCUACUCCUCCUCUUCCUCCACUCUGUGACCUCUCCAUAGAGCUCUGUUUCAUUAGUUGUUCCACAGACCUUUGGAACGGACCAUAGUGUCCUAAAAUUGGCCGUUUUAUGAAUGGGGUUUGGUUUGAAAUGACAUCGGUCAUUUCAAUUCUAAAGCCAUAUAAUGAUUGACAAAAUGUGCAGAUAAAUCGGUGUCAAAUUCUAUUAAAUCCAAAAAUUCCCCCUGAUAUGACUUUAUUAGCACUGUCCAUCACAUGUCGGACUACCCUAGCUAUUUUGGCCCUUCAGAAUAAAAGCACUUAAGAUGGCAGUGGAAGCCAUUUAAUACAACUAGUGAACCUGAGCUCUGCUUCCUCCCCCCUUCAUCCCUGAUUUGUACAAACUUGUGAAAUGUCCUCAGAAACAGCACAUCUUAACAGCACAAAGUCUUUUUAACGUGUGUCAUGUUCUCAUCAGUCUUGUUUUUCUCACUUUUUGGACUUUUGCCACAUUUUUAUCAGUAUUAUUUAUAUGUAAUUUUAGAAUGGGGGAGGGGGGUUGUUUCAAUGGAACAGGUGUGUGUGUUGGACAGGGACGGGGUUGGUUGUAACAAUUUCACAUUUUCUUGUGAUGAUUCUGUAUUUCAGUGGUUCUGCACACAGACACACACACACACACACACACACACACACACACACACACACAGACACUCACAGAUACA